AACGCGCUUCAGUUCUAUUUUUCCGUUCCUUUUUUUCCAUCUUGAUUUCGGUUUAGCUUUAGUUCGAAACGAUUUUGAUUUAAAUAAAUUUUUUAAUUUCUUUUAAUAAUUUUGUAUAAUUUUUUUUUUAACUACAAAUAAAAUUUCGAAACGAAGCCAACAAAAGCAAUUAUGAUGCAUUGCACCUGCUAAUUUACCGCAAAUCCUAAUGCGUUAACUUAUUAUGGAUUUAGCCGAUCAAAUCGAUGAUUAUAUUUGUACAUUUGAAGGUCUCGGUGAUAUAACAAUGGAUUCAUUAGCUAUGUUCAUAUUUUUAUGGGCCGUCUUGGCCCUCUUCUUAGUAUGGCUGUGUAAAUUUUUAUACCAGAAGUAUAUGGUCAAAGAGAAACCGGUCAGUGCCAGUAAUAGCCGACAGAGCAGCGUGGCUCCCGGUGGUGUGGCCAAAACUGAAAAGCGUUUAUCGGAACCACGCGACAUUUUGGCUAGCAAGACUGAAGUCAAAGAUUUGCUAAGUAAACCAUCGGCUGGAGGUGUGGGUCGUGGCCGAACACCCGGACCCGCAGGUUUCGGCGGUGGUGCUGGUGGAGGUGGUGGUAUUGGCAUUGGUGGUGCUGGUGCUCGUAGACGUGUUGUACGUCAAAGUUCGACAGGACCGGAAAAUCGUAAAAAGCGUUAUGUGCCACCACCCUCCAAUGUUGUUGGACCAGAAACAACUUCUGUCACCUGGACUAGUCAAGUAUUUCGUUGGCUCUACAGUGAUUUGGUCAUUGUCAAUGAAUUGCUAAUGUCCUGGGUUAUAGCCUUGAAUGACACCCUGCGUAAAACUGGAGAUGAGCAAGGAGUUGCCGUUGAAAUUGUUCGCGUUUUACCCGACAGUCCUCCACCGAGUUUGAGUAACAUUUUCUGUAAUGCCGAUGAAGCAAAUCCCGCUGAUAUGCUAAUCACCUUCGAUUGCGAUGCCAUGCCUGUUUUCCAGGUAAAGGCUUUCCGUCAAAAAUCUGGCAAAGUAGAAGCCUCACAUUAUAAGUUGACAGUAUCCAGAUUCCGGGCUCGUAUUGCCAAUGCCAUGAACUACAAUACCUUGAAGGGUGAUUUGCGUGUGGAAGGUUUCCCAGAUAUUCGCAUUACCAUGAACAGUGUGGGUGCCAUCAAACCCAUGGACCAGGAAGAAACUCAAGUUCAAGCUGUUAUUUCGGACAUGAUGACCCGUGCCUUGCGUGACACCAUUUACCCAGUGGACUUCUCCAUCUAUACAACAUGCCCCCGAGCCGAAGUUGAACCCCUCGAUUUGCCUGUAAUAUAUCCCAUGCAAUAUGAGACAGUGGCGAACAACAUGGACUUUGGCAUGGGUUCCCAUGGAGCACAAUCCAUGGUCUCGGGUAGACGUUUGCUGGUGAAAAUUGUCAAAGGCGAUGGUUUGAAGGAUGCCCAUGAUCCCUAUGUGGUAAUAGAAAUGGAUGAACCGCCACAGAAAAAUCAAACUGGUGCCAGACAAGGCAAUCAACCCUAUUGGGAUGAGCAUUUCUUAUUCGAUUUGUCCCCCCAAUCUGCUGAGAUCCUCUUCGAAGUCUAUGACCGCCCCGCCGAUGCCAGCGGUAAUCCCAAGUUUUUGGGUCUUGGUCUGGUAGGCAUUGAUGAGCUGGCCGUUGGCCCUGCUUCAACGCAAGUUUUGGCCUUGCAACCCCGUCCCUAUGAAACACAACAAGUUUUCGGUUCCAUCACCGUGGACUUUGUGUUCAUUGAGGGCGCUGAAAUACCUGCCGGCCCCAGGCCUUAUAAACUAAAAGAAGCCUUGCACAUAAGUACGCCCAGCAUUAAUGAACACCUGCGGAAUGGUUCGAAUUUGGCUGAUGCUGCUGUGCGUGCCUUGCAAGAGGGCGCCUUGAAUACCACCAAUGGCCAGCCGAGUAAGAGUACAUUGAUCAUACAUAGCGUUCAGAGGAAUUCAAGUAAUCCCAAUGCAUUUAAGGUCGAAAUCAAUAAAGAUGGACAAAUCGAAGUUAAAGAAUCUCAAGAUGUUUUAAAUGCCGCCGUCUCAAAGGCUCUGGACAGCACUGGAGAAUUGGAGGCCAACGAAUCUCUGCCUUUGGAUAGUCUAGAGAAUAUAGAACAGAUAACACAGGAUACAUCAGUGACCACAGAUAUAACCGCUAGUCCCACUGAUUCGUAUCCACAAAAUGAGUGCCUAAAUGAUAAACCGUCCCUAGAUAUAACCGCAGGUAACGAUAGUGCUUUGGGAGAUUCUACCACAGAGUAUGGACAACCCAAUGCUGCCUCCUCGCCCAAUGGUCUUAAUAACUACCAAUUGAAUGGUGCCUCCUCCUCCAUGAGUGGCUAUUCCCCGGCCAAUGGCCAGCAAAGCUCCUAUACCAACAAUGGCUACAACAGCAACAGUUUACCUCGCAACGGUAUGAUGAGCCAACAGCCCUUGGCCUCUCCAGCCGAAGAUCUGGACGAUCGUGGCCGCAGUAAGAAACGCAAUUUCUUUGGUACCUUGAAAAAACGUUUAAGUCGUUCCAAGACACGCACCCAUUCGGCUGAUCGUGGCGCAUUAACGUCACAACAACAUCAACAACAUAAUCUUACAACCCCAACAGGAACACUUAACGGUGAUUCACGUUCAUUAUCUGUCGAUCGUGCUGUAUUGUCCAAAAGCAAUUCACUUGGUCGCUCGGGCAUGUCACCCACAUUAGAUCACUCAAGACGCUCUUCAAUUUCAGAGUCCUCAGCCAUCUCAGGUUUCUCUUCGGCCAGCACAAAAACCUACGUCCACGAAGCAUCCACAUUGGUAUUGGAGACCAUUGAAAAUGGUAUCAAGAGACACUUUAUUGUGCCUCUUAAUAUUGCGCAACGUCCCAGAUGGCGCCGCAAAGGAACGAAAUUGCAUAUAUACAAUGAUCAUACCUUUAUUGCCAAGCAUUUAAGCGGCGGAGGCCUUCAGUGUUCCAUCUGCAUGAAAUCCAUACCUCGACGACCUGGCAAACAAGGCUAUGAGUGUCGUGAUUGUCAACUGAUCUGUCACAAACAAUGUCAUAUUCGUGCACCACAAGCCUGUCCCAAUCCAACUGUACUCUCUAUGGAAUUGGCAUCGUUUCCGGAUGAAUGGGCACUGGAAUAGAAACCUUAAAUACAUCAAAACUUAAUUCAGCGGCUGCCGAUAGAAGCAUAAGGAAAUUAUGAGUAAAUAAGAAGUGGAUAUAAAACUCAAACUAAAAACCCAUCUCCUAACCCUCAAAAAAAAUCUCUAAACUUCAACUCCAUCUCCAAUUUCUACGCCGACUCUACUACACCCUACAACAAUUCUCUACAAACUGGCUCUCUCUAGUUAAAGAAUUCUUCUCUACUUUUUUCUAAACUUUAAGAAAAAAACUUUGAAAAAACAAUAAUAAA